GCGACUCUAUCCUCGGCGUAUCCUAGCAACAGGUGUAAACAACGCGGGAGUGGGAAGAUGGCGACGCAGAGAGAGCAAGACGCAGUCGCGUAUUUAGAGAAACACGGAAUUGUCGCGCUGAUGGACAACAUGACCAGUUUGCUGCUCUUUUACAGACCCGAGAAUCCCAGAGAGUUUCUUAUUGAGAAGCUGGAAGAGCUGAAGAUUUCUAAGCAGGUUGGUGAAGGGCCACAUUUGUUCAACAACAGCAACUUGGAUGCUGUUGUGCGAAUCCUGGAUCCUGCUAAUCAAGGCCACAUCACUUUCACCCAGUACAAAGAAGCACUGAUGACACUAGGCAUAAAGAACAUCAAUGAAUGUCCUAAAGGCGCAAAUGAAGACAGAAUAUCUCACAAGACGUUCAAGACAGAGGCCAUGCAAGGUCUUCAGAGAUCCUCAGUGACAUACUGUACAUAAAACUCUGAUCUCAGGUUUUCCUUCUAUUAAAUGUCUUCCAUUGAAUUUUGACUUUA